AUGUAUCAAAAUGAGAUACCCUACAAGCUAAAUCCGUCAUCAAAUCAAUUCAAUUCAAUUUCAGACAAUUUAUCAUCGAUUACAACCAAUUCAAUAUCUACAAAAUUUACAAAUAUUAUAACUACAUUACCACUACUAAUAGCAUACCCCAUUGUAUUUUUAUCAUAUGAACUCAUCUCAAUUACAAUUACAACAUCAAACAAUAUAGACAAUUUACCGACUUCACAUUCAUUUAACUCAGGCGACGAUUAUUAUACUAUAUUUUAUAAACUUUUUAUUAAUCUAAUUGUUGCAUUUAUAUUAAGUUCACUUAUCCUUGUUUGCAUAUACUUAUCACAAUUGGUAAAACUUAUACCGUCACAAACCAACACAGAUGAAAACAUCAACAGCAAUUCAUCUAAAAUUAAUACCAUCAAAUUAUUAGCUGCAAUAGCACUUGUAUUAUUGCCUAUUAAUAUAAUUGGAUUUGAUAAAGUAAGCUCAAUACUAUUUGGAUUUUUUAUUGACUGCAAAAAUUUUUAUACCCCUGUCAUUAUGGUAUUUGACUUAUUCCAGAAUUUAUCAUUUAUAACAUUACUUGGAUAUACUUCAUUAGUUUCCGGAUUUUAUACACUAACAAGUGUAAAUUAUAAAUUGAGGGUAGACAAGUUCCUAGUGUCAGUCCUUGCAAUUGCAUCAAUAACUUUAAUUUUAUCAAUUUUCAAAUUACUAAAUUUUAGCAUGAUUGGAGUUAACUCAAUUACAUUCAUAAUAAGUCUAAUUACAUUUCAAGAAUUCUCAAACAAAAACAACAAAGUCAUUUUUAUUUUCUUAUCAAUCAUUAAUUCAAUAUUGAGGUAUAUCGUACUACAGAAAUUAGACAUUCUCACAUUUUUAAACAUCGUAUUUGCAUUCUCAAUUAUACCGGGUUCAAGUUAUAAUUUUUAUCAAUUGAAUCAAAAACACUCAAACUCAUCGAUUUCUGCCACUACCACCACGAACUCACAAAAAUCAACAAUUCUUGGAGAAGUAUUAAAACAUCAAGAUACAAAAGCCAUCUUCAAUUUUCUACUACUAAACGCAAGUUUUAUGAUCAUUCAAUUCUUAUACUCAUUUAGAUCAAAAUCUUUAGGGUUAUUAUCUGAUUCAUUACAUAUGCUAUUAGAUUGUAUAUCAUUAGCACUAGGUUUAAUAGCUGGUGUAUUAUCCAAAAUGAAAGUAAAUAAAAAUGGUAAAUAUCCAUUUGGUUGGUCUAAUUUAGAAAAUUUAGCUGGUUUUACAAAUGCUACUUUAUUAAUGGGAAUUAGUGGAUCUAUUUUAUUUGAAGCUAUUGGUAGGUUAUUUAAUCCUAUUGUUUUACAAAAGACUAAUGAAUUAAUGGUUGUUUCCGUGUUAGGAUUAUUAGUUAAUUUAGUUGGUGUAUUUGCAUUUAAUCAUGGGCAUUCUCAUGGACAUAGCCACGGACAUGGUCAUUCACAUUCAUCAAGUUCACAUUCACAUGAUCAUAGUCAUUCACAUAAUCAUACACAUUCACAUGAGCCUAAUAAUAAUUCAACAGAUACUACAACUGAUCAGGAGGAAAUAAAUGAUAACAUGAGGGGAAUCUUUCUUCACAUUUUAGCAGAUGCAUUAGGAUCAGUUGGGGUAGUAAUAUCAACUUUAUUAACAAAAAUAUUCAAAUGGCAAGGAUUUGAUCCCAUUGCAUCAUUAAUAAUAGCAGUCCUUAUAUUCCUAUCAGCAAUUCCACUAAUGAAAUCAACAUCAUCAACACUUUUACUUAGUUUAACAAAAUCCCAAGAAUCAACAAUAAGAUCAAAAUUACAUGAAAUUUCUAGUAUAAAAGGUAUAAAAUCAAUAACUACUCCUCGUUUUUGGCCAAAUAAUGAAAAUAAAAAAUUAUGUGGUUACUUGCAUGUACAAGUAUAUCGAGGUGAAAAUAGUUCAUACUUAAAAAAGCAAGUUGAAAAAAUUUUUAAACUGGAAAGUUGUUUUGAUGAUGAUAUAUUAAUACAAAUUGAAAAUGACUAUGACGAUUGUUGGUGUAGGAAAAAACAAAACUAG